AUGGACGAAGAUGACGAUGCACCGCCUUUGCUCGUCGCUACAUACGCUGCGAGCGCUGCUGAUCCGGACGAGACCACCCUGAGCGCCAAAAUGGAAGACGUCAAGCUUGCCAAAGUGCCAAUCACCAUCAUCACAGGUUAUCUGGGAGCUGGCAAGACUACUCUGCUGAAUUACAUCCUAACGGCUCGCCAUGGCAAGAAGAUAGCUGUCAUCUUGAACGAGUUUGGAAAUAGCAGCGACGUUGAGAAGUCCUUGACCGUGAACCAGGGUGACCAGCAGGUCGAAGAGUGGCUCGAGCUUGCCAAUGGCUGCAUCUGUUGCUCCGUGAAGGACCAAGGGGUCAAUGCCAUCGAAUCUUUGAUGGAGCGUCAGGGCUCAUUCGACUACAUCCUGCUUGAGACGACCGGCUUGGCACAUCCUGGGAACAUUGCACCGAUUUUCUGGGUCGACGAAGGUCUGGGAAGUACCAUCUAUCUAGAUGGGAUCGUUACUCUCGUGGAUGCCAAGAACAUUUUGAAAUGUUUGGACGAGCCCGUCGGCGACGAAGCAGUUCACGAUGACCAGGAGCACGAGCAGCAUGUUGGCCAACUCAUGUCUACAGCACAUCUGCAGGUAUCACAUGCAGAUGUUAUAGUGAUCAACAAGGCAGACAUCGUGUCGGAUGACGAACUUGCCGCAGUGGAAGACCGCCUCCGGUCUAUCAAUGCACUGGCCGACUUCCAUGUCACCGACCACAGCAAAGUACCGGAGCUGGAAGGCGUAGUGCUGGACCUCCACGCGUACGACAAUGUUUCUGCUGAAGCGCUGGAGACUGCCAGCAAAGCCAAAGGACACAGUCAUCUUGAUCCGACCAUUGGGACUAUGACUCUUGACCUGCCUGUGUUGAGUGACAAAGCUAUGAUCAAUCUGGAUGGGUGGCUACGAUCUGUUUUGUGGGAGGAGAGGUUACCUCGCCGGGACGUUGCGAACACCGCUAAAGGCCUUGCGACCUGGGAGAUCCACAGAAUCAAAGGUCGCAUACCGCUGCAGAACGGUGGCAUCAAGAUGCUACAAGGAGUCAGGGAAAUCUUUGAGCUCACCGACGGACCCCCUGCUGACGCAAAGAAUGCGGCUGCAGAGCACCAGACAGGUAAGAUGGUGCUGAUCGGCAAGCACAUUGGAAGCGAGGAGAGCAAAAGGAUAUUCCAAAACAGCUUGGAGACGACUUUAAAUGCGGCAUGA